GAGGGCGCUGGUGCUGUCUCCGUUUUCUUACAUACACGGAACAGCUGACCUGUCUAAAGAAGCCGCUGGAAACUUCGAUGCAGGAAAAUAUCAAAGCAUAUCGUGAUCUAUACACAAAGAAAAAAUAUUAAAAUAUCCUGAUAAAUAUGACUCGUGGAAACCAGCGCGAACUCGCCCGCCAGAAGAACAUUAAGAAAACCCAAGACAAUCAAAAAGGGAAAAGAAAGGACGAUUCUCUCUCGGCAGCCCAAAGGAAACAGCGCAUUGCUUUAAGAGUGAGGAGACAACACAAAGCAGAUCAAAGAAAGAAAAAAAGCGAUGCUGAAAUAAUGAAGCUGAAGCAAAAAGCAGCGAAUGAGAAGAGAAACCCAAAUGCGGAAACCAAGUGAAUGAAGAGACGGGAAGCGAAGGAACGAGGGCGACGCAUUCCUGAGGAUUCGGUGUCCUUGAGCUUGAACCUCGGGCUCUUCAAGUGUGCUCGAUUCCCACAUCAACACUGACUAUUCUUGUGGUUCAAGUGUGUUAUUUUGAGGGUACACUCACACUUUUUAAACCACAGUACAUUCUUUUGUCACUGUUUUUUUUCUAAUGGAAGAAAUAUGAUCAAUAUUUAAAGUAAUGUCCUAUAUAUUACAUUACACUAUUUUUUUUUACCAUGCUGUUGUAAUUCUCUGUAAUUUAAUUGAUUUGUGUCGUUUGUCAAUAUGGCAUAAAAUUUUAUCCUACAACCUAGUGCCUCGUGUAAUUAGUAUGCAUGACAUCCCAGAUUUGAGUUAAAUUUACUGAAUGCUGAUUUAAGUAAAUUAAUGCAUAAUGGUGCAGUAAUUGUUGUGAUUACAGUCAUUUGAAUUCUCUGCAGUCAGUUAGGUUAGUUAUCAAGUCUGGCAUGAAGUUUAUAAUAAAAGAACAAAAAGGAGACGGAAUAAAGUACUUUUCUUUGUACUUUUUUUGGAAUCAAGUAAAGCAGAUUGCUUUUUUCUUUAAACCAAGUGUUGUUUAAUAUCUGUAACCAAAAAUGAAGAAAACGGAAAUGGAUUUGUUGAAAACAUUUUGUUUGAAAUAAAAAUAUUUAUUGAA